ACAGUUCGUUUCGAGUGUUCGAGGAGAGCGCCAGCAAAAACUCCAAUUGAAGCAACCACAGUGCUCCCGGCUCAAACUGCAUCUGAAGGAAACCCAACCCCUGAUCUUCGAGGGACAGUGUUUAUUUUUUGCUAGUGCAAGUGCCAGCAGAAUGCCCUUCCCCAUCCAUCCGCCCAAGCAGAUGCCGUGCCCCCACUGGCAGCAUUUCCCCAUCAGCCCGGUGGACACCAAGGCCAAUCCGUUCGAUUCCAUGGGAGGAGCCGCUGCCGCCGCCAAUGGCUCCGCUGCGGUGAACAAACCACCGGAGCCAGUUUCCUAUCGGUACUGUCUGCAGUGCAAGGCGAGCGGCAAGGAGGGGGGCAACAGCUCCGACCGGGACUAGCUGGAGGGCAAUGCACCGCACCGGACCGGACCGGGUCGGCGCGGCGCGGCUCACCUUCGAGCCACCCACAAUCCACCAUCCAACAUCCACUGCUAACCACAAUCCACCUUCAACGGCAUCAUAAUCAUCAUCCACUUCAGACGCUCCCAAUGUGACACUGGAGGAACGGAGGUAGCGCCCUCCGCUGCUGCUGGUUCUGCUUCUGCUUCUGAACUCGAAAGUUCUGCUCUGCUGGAGAAGACGCUGGCAGCGGUGCAGCGUCACUAGAAGUGCACUUGGGGAAACUUAAUUAACAGAACAAAUGGGAAAACUGAGUUUUUUUGUUUAAGCUUAAGCAGAUUGUUUUUUUGUUUCUAUUUUUACUCGAUUUGUGUGCCAAUUUCCGCUUUAAUUCAAGCAUUUUGUAUUUAGAGCUAAAGACUACAAUUUAUACGAUUUUACACAUAUGGAUCUUAAUAAGCACGAAUAAAACGCACGACGCAUUUAAAGCAA